CCACGCACGAAGAAUAUCUUCCAGCUGCAGCACACAGAGUUUUCUCUCUCAGAUCUGUGCUUGUGUUUUCCCUUUUCCUCCUCAGAGAUUCGCUGUCUUUUCUCUUCUUCACGAUCCAGCUUUGCUUUUCAAGAUGUGUUUAUUCUCCCCCUCCUCCUCCUUUCACAUCCUUCAAUUCCAUUCUUUUUAUCAACCAACCGUCAUCGUCCACUUCGCACCUUCUUUCUCAUCAUCCCCCCGACGACGACGUCCUUUUCUUUCUUUUCGCCCAACUUCUACUUCUACAUAUAAUCCCCAUGCCUAAUUCCUCAACCCUCACCGACCUAUCUCACUCCUCCUCCUCCUCAUCUGUUUAUGCAGGGGAUUUUGUUUCUUCAUCCGGAGAGAAGAAGUCUCGAUUCGUCAGUUGGUUGAGCAAGCUUUUUAAUAACGCCUCAGAUAGUGAACCUAUACCCAAGUUUCUCCAAGAAGAACCCAUGGUUUUCCGUGCUCCUCUUCGUUUUCUGGGUGAUCGCCCCCGGUCUGGAAGAGAAAAAGAAGAAUUGGAUCGAGCGAUUGCACUUUCUUUGGCUGAAGAUUUGAAUAGACCACCAAUAGGAGGCUUUAGAUGGAAUGGAGAUAAUGGCCAAGAUAUUGCUAGGAAAGUUCAUGAGAGAUUUAGUUCGUCAUUCUACCCUCCAUUUGCUCCUACUCAAUAUUAUUCGAGGGGAUAUCGAUUAUGCAGUGCCUGCAACCGUGACAUUGGCCAUGGAAACUAUUUGAGUUGCAUGGGAAACUUUUACCAUCCAGAGUGCUUCCGAUGUCAUGCAUGUGGUUCUCAGAUAAUUGAGCAUGAGUUUUCUUUGUCAGCGAGGAAAGCAUACCACAAAUCCUGCUUCAAAGAGAUGUCACAUCCCAGAUGUGAUGUUUGUCAACAUUUUAUCCCUGCCAAUGGAGCUUCUUUGAUCGAGUAUCGAUGCCAUCCAUACUGGUCCCAAAAAUAUUGUCCUUCACAUGAGCAUGACAACACAGCCCGAUGCUGCAGCUGUGAGCGUCUAGAGUCUGUGAACGCAAGAUACGUUGCCUUAGGAGAUGGUCGGAGUCUUUGUCUGGAGUGCAUGGAAUCUGCUGUGAUGGAUACGGGUGACUGUCAGCCACUUUACCAUUCAAUUAGAGAUUAUUAUGAAGGACUGAACAUGAGGAUCGACCAACAAAUUCCUAUGCUUCUGGUUGAAAGACAAGCUCUUAAUGAAGCAAUCGUAGGAGAGAAGCAUGGUUACCAUCACAUGCCUGAGACAAGGGGUUUAUGUUUAUCAGAAGAACAAACUGUUACUAGUGUUCUAAGAAGGCCGAUGAUGGGAGGUCAUAGACUGAUGGGGAUGAGGACUCAACCUCAAAGACUGACACGGAGAUGUGAAGUGACUGCUAUUCUCGUUCUAUAUGGCCUCCCUAGGUUGUUGACAGGCGCAAUUCUUGCUCACGAGUUGAUGCAUGCUUGGCUGCGCUUGAAAGGAUUUCGUAACCUUAGCCCUGAGGUAGAAGAAGGCAUCUGUCAAAUUCUUUCAUACAUGUGGCUUGAGUCAGAGGUAAUGACGACGUCAUCGUCGUCAUCGUCAUCAUCCUCCUCCAAGAAAGGUGCAAGGUCAAACACAGAGAAUAAGAUAGGGCAGUUUUUCAAGCAUCAGAUUGAGCACGAAACCUCUCCAACCUAUGGAGGAGGAUUUCGGGCUGCUAGAGCUGCUGUUAACAAAUACGGUUUGCGUGCCACCCUUGAUCACAUUAAAUCUACCGGAAGUUUUCCUUUUUGAGUGCGACAUGAUGGUUAAUAAAGAGACUGUGCUCUCUAAUUUCUAUAUAAAAAAAUAAAAUAAAAUAUAUGGCUUUUAUUGAUUCUUCAUC